AUGGCGGACAGCACUCGCCCAUCUAGUCGGGCGGAAGCACAACGACUAGUGCAGAGCAUUGCCGAUGACCAUCGUCACAUCCCUGAAGAGGUGCUGGGCCGUAUGUCAGAUGCCGAUCGUCGACAGGUUGAACAUGCCAUUCUUAUGAUGGAUCAGACAAGAGGUUCUUCUGUUUUGACCCUAGCCCAGAACCUUUAUACAAGCAAUGCUCGGUUCGUUUUUGAGCUGCUCCAGAAUGCUGAAGACAACGACUACACAAAGGCUCAAGCACACGACGAGGAGCCCUACGUGUCGUUCCGCGUGUAUCCCAAUCAGGUGGUGCUGGAGUGUAACGAGGACGGUUUUACGGAAGAGAACCUAAGAGCUAUUUGCUGCGUCGGCCAAAGCUCCAAGAUUGGAGCUCGGGGGUACAUUGGAGAGAAAGGCAUCGGGUUCAAGUCGGUGUUCAUGGCAGCAUAUCGGGUCCACGUCCAGUCUGGUCACUUCUCAUUCCACUUUUUACACCGCCAGGGUGAUUCCGGGCUCGGAAUAAUCACACCAAUCUGGGAGGAUGGAUUAUAUCUCGGUGAUCGAUGCACUCGAAUCACGCUGGACCUGCUGCAGGGUGGGACGCCAGAAGAGCAAGCGGGACGCAACCAGACGAUCCGGCAGCAGUUCGAGGAACUCCACGACGCAAUCCUUCUAUUCAUGAAGAAGAUUGAGAAGAUCGAGGUCGCUUUCUAUGACCAGGAACGAGGCGGAGCCGGCGAGCCAGUGAGCACCAUCACCCACUCGAUAGAUCGUCGGGGCCCGAGAACUGUCUGCACAAAACACACAUCCCAAAUGGGCCACGAACAGACGCAACAUCGAUAUUACUACGUCAUGAAGGGUAUCGGGACGGGUCUGAGCAAAGCCGAGGGCCGCAUCUACUCGCAAUCAGAAGAGGCAUCGGGGGCCUAUUCCAGAGGAGAGGUGGUUCUAGCCUUUCCCCUGACGGCGGACUCGGUACCCAUCCUGGAGAACCAAUGGGUGUUCUCGUUUCUGCCCGUUCGCCAGAUGGGUUUUAAGUUCCUGGUCCACGCAGACUUUGUCACCCAGGCCGACAGGCAGGACAUUGUUACCGUCUCUGCCCGAAAUCGGGACCUUGCCACGAAGAUCGCGAAGGGCUUCAUCAGGGCGGUCCUUCGGCUUUGUGAUCAUGAGACACUUCAAUACCAGUGGAUGCGGUACCUUCCAGAGGAAAGUGCAUAUCCUUGGGACGACUUCUGGAAGGGGGUAGUCGCGGAUAUCAGGAUGCGAAUCUGGUGGACGCCGGUUCUCCGCGCGGCCGUUCCAGGCCCGCUCCGGCUGAUAGAGAGCGUACGGAGACACCGACCUACACACCUUGAUGCGUCCGGUGAACCCCUACUUCCCGACAUUGACCCAUGGCCCUAUCUGUCUCCUCAGUACGAGAGCGCUGAUCUGGACCGAUUGCGCGAUCUUGGGCUCAAAGAUCUAGAUAUGCACGGGAUCUUCUUGAGGGCCAAGUCUGAUCUCGCAGCACCAAUAUCGAGGAUACAAACGACUCAGGACGAAGACUGGCAAUCACGCCUCGCGAGGCUAUUGCAUUACCCGUUUGUGGAGAACACGGCAGUCAACAUCACAACGCAGAGGGAGCUUCGCUGCAUGCUUCGCUGCAUGUGCCGUGAGCUGAACCUGCUUCCACUGAUAGACGGUACUUGGACGUCAGCGGCAUCUGGUUCCAUCUACUACUCCAGGGUUCAGGGCACCAAUCUAGACAUCCCCCCGGGUCUAGCUCUGGACCUAAAAGUUGUGGAUCCAACGGCUGCCGCCAACGCCAAUCGGAAACAACUCUUUGACGCUCUGGGUGUCAGGGAUGCGCCUGCAGCUGUUGUCCGGGCAGCUGUCUUGUACAGGUACCGCACCACCCACCCCACGCUUCCGGAGAGUGUGUCCUAUCUUCGUUUCUUGUACCUUACCGAGCGUCUUGCCAACCAUCGGUACGACGGCAAUCAGAAGUUCCGAAUUUAUUCUCAUCACGGACAGCUCGAGAACGCAACACAAACGGAUGUCUUCGUCAGAGACGACGACGACCCUUACGGGACAGCACAGCUCUUACGAGCGACGGCGCCUGGACCUGAUGCGGGCGCUGGUGCACCCGGACUAGAUAUUCUCUUUGCACAUGCGGCCUACUUCCAAGAUCCUCCCGAACGACGUGUUAAUGAUACAUGGGAGUGCUGGCUCACUCGUACCUGCGGGCUUCAACCUUGUGUCACAUGGAUCCGCCAAGCUGGGGCUGACACGCAAGAACGUGAGAUGACUACAGCUUGUACCUAUGUUGCUCAGCAUCGACCCGAGAAGUUCCUCGGUCUUCUUCGCGUAAAUUGGAAACGCUAUGGGCUACAUCUUGAGCGGAAGGAUAGCGCCAUCAUCGAAGAUCUCGGCUGGAUCCCGGUCCUGUGCAAGGGGCCCGGUAUCAACCUUCGACCUCUCAACUCAACCUUUCUCCCUCUUGGGGAGCUGGUGACGGUCUGUAAUCGGUUCAUGCUUGACGGCGAGUUCUUCCCUUGGUUGGAGUUAGAGACUCCACUGAGCAACAACGCGGCUACCACCGAAUGGAGACACCUGGCAUCUGUGUUCGGCUUGGGAUAUGACCGCGAGCUCUUGGACCUUGCCCUGGAGGUCUUGAAGUCCAUCGUGGAGGCAAAUCCUCUUGUAGAGGAUCUGGGGCAGCCAGAGCGUUUGCUCAAGCUCUAUGGGUACCUCCAGGACAGGGUACAUGAGUCCAGACAUCGUGGAGCGUGCCGAGAGAAAAUACGGGGCGCAUUUGCGUCCCGACCAUCUAUUUUUGUUCCUGAAAGCGAGACACAUGGUCCAGCUUGGGCCGAGCCCCGAGAUUGUCUCUGGAAAGCACCCAUCGCAAUGUUUACCAAAUACACGCUAGCUAGAGCGUAUACUCUUACAUUCUCAAGCAGCGAUGACAGCCUUGCCUGUCAUGAGACGUUCUUCGUGCGCACCCUUGGGAUUCCAAACUGCACGUGGGAGCAUGUCGUGGACGAAAUCAGGGAUUACGCGAUCGGGGUACUCAUCGAUCUCGAUCUAACUAGAGCGAGGGAACUAUACAACUGUCUUUCAGAGAUGCGGCUGCUGGGCACUUCGGCUAGUAAUCUCAAGGGGACCUUUGAACGCGAGGCUCUCAUAUGUGGCUUCGACGAUGCAUGGUACACAGCUUCAGACUGUCUAUGGUCGAGUACCACUCCAAUCAGGGGCAAACUCAUCCUCAACAACCUUUACGGCAACGACUUGCGGGACUUCUUCGUCGGUGCCUUGGGCGUGUCUGAACUGACGGCCGAGCUGGUCUACGAUAAGCUCGCGGCAAAGGACGGCCCUGAGUUGUCAGUUGAGGAGGCCAAGGAGACUUUGCUUACGUUCAACUCAUUCCUCGCAGCCGGCAGUGGUGGAUUUGAUCCGGCAGCCGUUAUUGCAAAUCCGGUGUUCCCGGUUCGCUUCCCGAACGGCAAGGUCAGCCUUCGUACAGGCACCGAAAAGUUCGCACUGAUGGAUCGCAAACUCCUCGGCGAGGACUUUGCGGCUUUGGCCAAGUUCCUCGAUUUUGGCAUGGAAGAGGUCCGCAUAUUACAACCAUUGUUUCAGUGGGCUGGGCUGGAAGACAGGUACUUGUCCAGGGCCGUCGGGGAGAUUACCAGUGCGGAUACGGAAUCAACACGGGCCUUCUCAACACCUCAUCGCGAUAUUAGGAGAAAUGCACACGCUUUGCUUCGGGUUGCGGUGACUUACAACAGCCCAAGAACGAGCCGGGACUCGAACCUCAACGAGUUCUACGUAUUCCUCCAGAACUCGGAAACGCUUGAGACGGACAAGAUCACAGCGGAGCUUCUCCUGACCCAAGACGACACGGAACUGCGUGUGGAGAAAGAGCCAGCGUUGCUUCACAUUCGCGAGGAUAUUGACGGGUUGAAAGUUUACGUGCCAGGGGAUAAGAGGGGUCAAGAGGUCUGCUUCAACAGCAAGCUUCCCCGCCGUCUGUGCGAAUGGAUCAUGACGGAUCCGGCGACACAGAUUGUGGCGCCAGUCUCGCCUGACGCUGUGGCUGUUGUCCAGAGCGUGCUGAGCGCCCAGCCAUUUGCAAUCAACGACAUUCUGAACGAGCAUGGGAUUGUGGAAGUCAAUAUCGCUGACAGCGAUAUUGAGAUUCUCGCCGACGAAAAAGAGGUCUACCGAGAGGAGGUCACCACCAUCGCUCAAGUCUGGUUCCUUACCGCAGCCCCCACGGAGGCUUCCAACAACAACUCCCCAUGGCCAGAAACUCCCACCUCUCGUUACCACGCUUCAACAGAGUUCAGCAGCAACGACAGCCCGGGGUUGGCAACGACCCUGUCCUCCUCGGUCGCAUCACCCGGGGUCAUCCCAUCUGUAGACGUGGCUGCCCGGAGCAGCCACGAAUCUUCAAGGCCUCAGUUACGCCGGAUGGACGCGAACGGAGAGGUGGAGGGAGACCCUCACCUGUCUCUACUUCGGAGCGUCGUCGACGCUCCUAGACGCACUACCUUUCCGUCACGAGGUGCCUUUGACAUGUCCGCCGUCAACGCGGCGCUACCGAGAGGUUCAGGGGACAACGACGCCGCAACUGAAAGCUUAUCGGCUAAGGUGGACCAGCCAGAUCGAGCGUGA